AUGAUUGAAAGAGUCAGAACAGGCAACCAAUCUUCCGUGAGAGAAUUCCUUCUAAUGGGAUUUUCUGAUGAUCAUGUUACUCAAUAUUUGCAUUUUGUCAUGUUUCUCUUCAUUUAUUUAGCAGCCCUGGCUGGGAAUUUACUCAUAAUUAUUGUUGUGAUUCUAAACCAUCAGCUUCAUACCCCCAUGUAUUUCUUUUUGGUCAACCUGUCCCUAACUGAUAUUUGUUAUAUCACAACCACAGUCCCUAAAUCAAUGGCAGUUUCACUGACAGAUAACAAAAUAAUUACUUUUCCUGGAUGUAUUGCUCAGGUUUUUUUAGUUAUUACUAGUGCAUGUUCUGAGAUCUUCUUGCUUACCAUCAUGGCUUAUGACCGUUAUAUAGCUAUCUGCCAUCCUCUGCAAUAUAGUCUCAUGCUAAACUGGGACAUCUUCAAUCAAAUGACAGUUACUUCCUGGGUCAGCUCCCUGCUCUAUUCAUUGCUACAAACAGUCAUCACUUUCCAAUUAAACUUCUGUGGGCCAAACACAAUUGGGCAAUUUUUCUGUGAUAUUCCACAGUUGCAAAAGAUUUCUUGCACAGAUAUAAAAGUUAAUCAAAUUUUGAUUUGGAUAUUUGGAUUAAUUGUGGGUUCCUUUUGCGUGGGAUUCAUUUUUGCUUCUUAUGGCUACAUAAUCUCUGCUGUGCUGAAGAUUCCAUCAGUUGAAGGCAGACACAAAGCCUUCUCGACUUGCAGUCCACACUUGACAGUUUUUUCUUUAUUCAUGUCUACAGCUUUCUUUUCAUACCUGAGGCCAAAAUCUCUUUCCUUUCCCAUUAUAGACUUGCUUUCUGCUGUUGCUUAUACUGUUUUGCCUCCCAUUCUGAAUCCCCUCAUUUAUUGCCUCCGAAACAAGGACAUUCAAGGAGCUGUGUGGAAAAUAUCAUCAAAAAUCAAACGAACUUUUUAG